AUGGCACAGCCUCAGCUGCCAACACCACCACCUGCACCACUACCUGUGACUUAUGGGUUUGAGCCAUUUUAUGAGCGCUUCAUAAAGCAAGCCCCACCAACCUUUGAAGGGAAAGCUGAUCCCAUGGUGGCGGGGGAUUGGUUAAGAUCAGUUGAGUCCAUCUUUGAUCAUAUGGAGUUAAAUGAUCGCCAUAGAAUCUCAUGUGAAGCCCACUUACUCAAGUUGGAUGCACAGAUAUGGUGGGAUGUGGUUAAACAGACUCGCGACUUGAAUACCAUGACUUGGGCAGACUUCGUUCAGGCAUUUAGCAAGAAGUAUUAUAGUGUGACCGUGUUAGCAACCAAAGUAGAUGAGUUUGUGACUUUGGUUAAGGGAAACCUAUCUGUCACUAACUAUGCGCAGAAGUUUGAUAGGUUGGCUAAAUUUUCUCCUGAAGUUGUGCGUGUCCAAAGGUUCAUGACGGGACUCAAACCAAUGAUUGAUAGGGACGUUAAGAUGAUCAGUGCUGAAGUGGUUAGUUAUGCUAAAGUACUGGAUAAGGAAAUCGAAGCAGAAUACUUGGAGGAUCGGAUAUGGAAGGGCAAUGCUGCCCGAAGGGAGGCCCACUGA